AUGGCAGCACUUUUAUCCGACCGGGGACCAGACGUCGCUACAAUUCCUGCGGUAGCAAUCAAAACCAUAGAAGUUCUGCGCGAUGGAGCAGCAGCUCAAUAUGGUUCAGAUGCCAUUGCCGGCGUCAUCAACUUCAUCUUGAAAGACAACAAUGAAGGAUUCAGUUUCACUGUUGAUACCGGCGAAUAUUUCGAAGGCGAUGGGCUGCAAACAACCAUCCAGGCCAACGCUGGCUUUAAAAUUGGCGAGCGUGGUUUUUUAAGCGUAUCGGGGGAAUAUGCGGAUGCUGAAUUCAGCGAACGCGCGGAACAAUACUGCGAAUCCUGGUUCUGCUUAAAUCAGAACAGCUCUCGUUAUAAUCCCGAAGCAGGAUAUGUGGCGUUCACUGAAGACCCAAUUUUCCUCGCCGGAGUUCCUCAAGCAUCGCUAGAAGGAGGUUUUGUACAGCCUUGGGGGCAACCCAAUUCCGAAGCCCUGCGAUUUUUCUACAACGCAGGCUACGAACUGGGUGAUGGUGCGGCAGAGCUGUACAGCUUUGGCAGCUAUUCAGCCAGCGAAGGCGACGGUGGGUUCUUUUAUCGUUAUCCAGGCAACGGUACGAUCGAAAACCUGCGCUUAGAAGAUGGCUCCGUUUACAGCCCGCUGGAAAUUUUUCCCGGUGGAUUCACGCCUAGGUUCGAAGGUGAAAUAGAAGACUAUUCAUUUGUCGCUGGUAUUCGUGGCGCGUUUGGUGAAAGUGCCGGGUACGAUGCAAGCUUUCGUUAUGGUUACAACGAGAUAUCUUACACGCUCAACAACACAAUCAAUCCCUCGCUGGGUCCAGAUACACCAACAUCGUUUAAGCCCGGCGACUUAAGUAACGAAGAGGUUCAGUUCCAGGUCGACGUGUACCAGGAUUUUGAUCUUGGUUUAGCAAGUCCGGUCACCGUAGCCGUAGGGGCAACAUUUAUGGACGAGACCUACGAAGUGAUUCAGGGACAGGAACUGUCUUACAUUCCCGGACCUUUUGCGAGCCAGGACCCUUUUGGGUUCUGCAGUGACGAAGCGGAUGUAUUGUCGCGCAGUGCUACAGCAGCGGGCCUUGCGGUUAUUGGAAAUGGUUCAUCAUUGGAUUGCACCGCGGCGUCUGACCCGGUGUACCGCGUUGUUGGCGUUGGCUCGAAUGGUUUCCCUGGUUAUUCCCCUGAAUUUUCCGAGGAAUACACCCGCGAUUCUUAUGGAGUCUAUCUAGAUGUCAGCGCGGACAUCACCGAUCGCCUGUUCAUGCAGAGUGCCAUUCGCUAUGAAGACUACUCUGACUUCGGCACUGAAACUGUUUGGAAAGUCGCUGGAAGAUUUACGGUGACAGACAAUUUUGCCAUUCGCAGCUCAAUUGGUACUGGCUUCCGUGCUCCAACGCCAGGUCAGCAAGGUACUACUAACGUAUCUACACGCCUACCCAACGGAUUCCCAGUUGCCACGGGGUUAUUCCCAGCGGGCAGUAGUGUUGCGCAAGCACUGGGCGCAAGCGACCUCAAAGCAGAAACAUCUGACAAUUUCACACUAGGCUUCACGGCCGACAUCGGCGAAUUAGGCCUGACCCUGGAUUUCUACAGCAUUGAUAUCGCAGACCGCGUCUACGCAGUAUCAACACUGGAUGUUUCAACUGACCCCACAAGUGGCAGCGCGUUUGACAACUAUCAGGCUCUUGUGGGCGCAGGUGUUGCAGGUGCAGAAUCAAUCGGCGGAGUGUUCUACUUUACUAACGCAUUCGACUCAAGCACACGGGGUGUUGACCUGGUUGCCACCUACCCUCUGGAUUUUGGAGAAGCAGGUACUACAACGCUGACUGCCUCGGUAAAUUACAAUCAAUCCGAACUGGAUUCCGACGCCAGCGCGUUCUUAAACGGCGAAGAUCAGUUUGAUUUUGAAAACCGUGACCCGGAGAUUCGCGGCGUAUUCACAGCCAGCCACAGCGUUGGGCCUGUCUCGAUCCUGGGGCGCAUGCGCUACUUCGGUGAAUCUGAAGAUGCGGACAGUUCACCUGCCGGGUCUGUUCAGAAGUUUGAUGCACUGACCUUCUUUGACCUGGAGGCUGCCUACCAGAUCAAUGAGAACUUCCGUGUGACCGUCGGCGGGCGGAACAUUUUUGAUGAGUAUCCAGACAAGGUUGAUCGAGCAGUGAACGGCAACGACUAUUGUUGUGGCCGAGUCUACGCGUCAACCUCUGUUGCAGAUUGGCAAGGCGGGUAUUACUACCUUCGGCUAAACGCGGAUUUCUAG